AUGGAAACCCCAUCACUUAAAGCGAUUGAUGAAGUUGCAAAAGUUGUUUGGGCAUCCCAUUUGCUCUCUUAUUGGAAUCCCUACACCACUCCCGUGUCAGAUAAGCCGCUGCAGCCCAAUCAUACAACAUCUGAUGAUGAGACAACUGAUGACGACGAGGACUAUGAUGACGGUCCUAAUUUUGACAACACAAGUACAGACACUGCACUUUUGGCGGUUGGUGAUAAAGAGCUGCGGGAGAAGUUUUUAAAUAGUAUCAGUGAGCUACUCGCCCACACAAAGGGAGGGAAACAUGUUACUGCUGCCGGGUUGAGAGAGAAAGAAGAUUCAAUCGAAAUUGAUAUCGCUCGAAACUCUGGAUUCAGGCGCGAAGACAAGAGGUAUCUUUCUUCACUGGCUCGCUUCCUUAGUAGACGAGGGGAACGUAAGUAA